CUUUGAAUGGGAAAGACACAACUAAUUUAUUUGUUCAGAUUUGUUACUAGUGUCGUGGCAGUAAGAAAAGUUUUUGCGACCAUUUAAGAGUGAUCUGUGGAUAGCAGUCAAAAUAAAUGACUAAGAACGUUGGAAUUUUGUUUUAAUAGUUUUUGGUUGUGGUAUUUAAUUAUCACGAAAAAUAUUAUCUUCAUAAAUGAAUAAGACUUUUUGUAAGAACUAGUUUUUUUUCGGUGGCCUUAAGUUUUAUUUUAAAAGAGGUGGACAAACAACUUGUCAUAAUUCUCACGAUCUACAUUCUCAAGUUCAGUUCAUUUACUUCCUGAUAAAUUCGUAAAUCUAGAAAUCUCACCAUCAUGAGAUUGAUUCAUAUUGUGUUCAUAAUUACUGCUCAAAUCAAUUUGUUGCAGUGCCUUCCACAAGGUGCCCCUCAAUCAGCAUGCUACACAUUAAUGCCGAUUCAUGGAAAUAAUAUUCCAGCCUUAACAUCAGAGCCUUUAUUCAGAAUCUCGUUACAAAACGAUGUCGUUGGACAACGUCAGAAAAUGAGAGUAGAAAUUAAUAGCGUAAUAAAUGAUUUAACUAUAAAAGGAUUUAUGAUUCAAGCAAGGUCACUGCAAGAUGGAAGUGUAAUAGGUGAAUUUUCAGCUCCACAAGAUCGCUUAGCGAAAAUAAUUGACUGUGGAAAUGUCGGAAAUACAGCAACACAUUCGAGCACCGAACUUAAACGUAAUAUUGUUUUGGAAUGGAAUGCGCCAACAGAUUUCAUCGGAGACAUUGUUUUCAAUUCAACACUUGCACAAGACUAUGAUAAAUUUUGGGUUGGAGUGACGUCAAGUCCUUUAAAAAUUGUUGCUGAUGAUCAAGAAUUAAAAAAUUCAAUCUCAACAACUCGUCAACCAUUGAAGCCAACUUACUCUUAUACUAGUAAACCAAAUGCUGAAAAUACUAACAAUGAGGACAUGAUUUAUAAUGAAUGUGGCAAUUCAAAAACAUGCUUUGGUAUUCCUAACAACUGUAUUCAAACACGAUCCUGUGUCUCGUUCACUGCUGUUAAAGUUGAAGGAGAUAAAUAUAUCUUUGAAAUGCGAUCGGCACCUCGUGCUGCAUAUAUAGCCACAGGUUUAUCAUCUGAUGAUAAAAUGGGUGACGACUCGGUUGUGGAAUGUAUAUACGAUGCUGGUUCUGUACGAGCAAUGAGCUCAUGGACAAUUGUCGCGAAUGGCAAAUUCGAUGCUCCAAGAAAUGGCGUUGCCCAAAAUAUCGUGCAGCUUAAAGAAGGUCGUUUUGAAAACGGAAUGAUUUAUUGUCAAGUGGAACGACCAGCUUUAACGCUAGUCAAUAAUGUUGAAUUUGAUUUGUCUAAGAACAGAUAUUACCUUUUAAUGGCAAGUGGUUCGAAAUUGAGAACAGGCUCAGUAGAUUAUCAUGACAUUAAUCGAGCAGCCUCGGCAAGUGCCCUUAAUUUAGCAGAAAUCUCUAAUAUUGCGGCGAAAUCUAAAUUCUUAUUACGUCUACACGGCAGCUUGAUGGUUUUGACUUGGAUCGGAUCAACCUCAAUUGCAAUUGCCAUGGCUCGUUAUUUCAAAUUAACCUGGAGAAGAAGUAGCAUGUGCGGAAAAGAUUUGUGGUUUGCUUGGCAUCAAAUACUUGUGAUCAUUACAAUUGCUCUGAGCGCAGUCGCCUUGAUUGUUAUUUUUGUUGAGUUCAAAGGAUGGUCACCUGCGAAUACAAUUCAUUCUUAUCUUGGUGUCAUAACUACAGCCAUUUGCUUCCUACAAGGACUUAUUGGUUUCUCAAGACCCAGUCCAUCUAGCAAAAACCGUCCACUUUUUAAUUGGGUACAUUGGUUUUGUGGAAAUGCCGCUCACAUACUGUCAAUUGUAACAAUUUUUACAUCAGUAAAACUAGAAAAAGCUGAGUUACCUUCAGAUGUCUUCGACAUAAUUUUGGUCAGCUAUGUGGUUAUUCAUGUGAUUGCACAUUUACUUUUUUCCCUAAUGGGCUGCUUGAGUGACAGAAAAGAUGCACAAAAAGUAACUUCAUUGCACAUGACAGAUAUGAGUCAAUCACCAAGAACACAAAUGAUUGCAAGUGUGAAGCAGGAUGCUUCGUACGCUCCAUUUAGAAAAUUUAUUUUAGCUAUCUACGCAAUUUUAAUCAUCUUAAUUGUUAUAAGUUUAAUAAUUCUCAUUGUCCUCGCGCCUAUCAAAGAUUUCAAAUCAUUUUUUGACUAUAAUAAAUCAUAAACCAUAAAACCACUCUUUAAUCAUGAUAUAAUUAAUAUGACUUAACAUAAAAUAGAACUGUUACAAUUUUAUUUAAAAAGAUGUCCAAUAAUUUAAAGUAAAACGAUGCCUUAUUAUUCGUAAUUAAGUGAAUAUAAUUAACGGGAUACGGUUUAGUUUUUUAAUACGUCACAAUUUUUUUUACCAGAUGUUUCCCAUACUCAAAAAAUAAUAACAAAAAUGUGAAUAUUAAUGUUAAUUUCAUUUCUUAUUUGUUAAAUUGUUACAUAAAAAAUAUCAAUAAAUAAAAUCGCAAAGUAAACCAAAC